AUGUAUGCUGAUGACCUGUGCUUCUUAGCAGAAUCCCCAGACGGCCUGCAACAGCUGAUGUCCGCUUUCCAUCAAGCGUGCUGCAAAUUCGGCCUAAAGAUCAGUGUCAAAAAGAUGGAAGUAAUGUUUCUAGACAUACAUGGUCGUGAGACACUGACCAUUAAGCUUGGUGAGGACGUGCUGAAACAGGUCGAUAAAUUUCGUUAUCAGGGGAACACUAUAACAGCUAAGGGUGACCUUGAUGCCGAGAUCAACAAUAGGAUAAGUGCUGCAGCUGCAGCAUUGGGAAAGCUGUGUUCCAAGCGUUUAGCUGACCUCGACCCCAAGCGCGAUGAGCUCAAAGACCGUCCACUCGCCGCCAUUCAUUAUAAUUAUGAGAGUGGUAAGCUCACUUGCCCACUUUGUGCAAGGGAGUUUGCUGCAAAAAUCGGCUAUAUAAGCCAUCUCCGGGCGCACCAGCGCCAAGCCCUGUAA